AGCGCGGGACCCACCGGUCCGGUUAGUGGCGGGAGAUGGCGCGGGGAGGCGGCAAGGCUGCCAUAGUGCUGUGUAUGGAUGUAGGCUUUGCAAUGAGCAAUUCUGCUCCUGGAGAAGAGUCUCCGUUUGAACAAGCCAAGAAGAUGAUGACGAUGUUCGUGCAGCGACAGGUGUUUGCUGAGAGCAAAGAUGAAGUCUCUGUAGUUUUGUUUGGCACAGAUGGCACGGAGAAUACCCUUGCCAGUGGUGAUCAGUAUCAGAACAUUACUGUACAAAGACACCUGAUGCUACCGGAUUUUGAUUUGCUGGAGGACAUACAAAACGCAGUUCAACCAGGCUCUGAACAAGCAGACUUCCUGGAUGCACUUGUCGUGUGCAUGGACUUGCUUCAAAAGGAAACAAUAGGAAAGAAAUAUGAGAAACGACACAUUGAGGUGUUUACAGACCUUAGCAGUCCCUUCAGUGAGGAUCAGCUGGAAAUUAUCAUCGCUAACUUGAAGAAAACAGGAAUCUCACUGCAAUUUUUCUUGCCGUUUCCAGUGGAUGAUGAAGAGGGAAGUGGGGAUACAGGUGAUGGUCGACAUUCUGAUAUGUACAGAAAGUCUUUUCCAAGGAAGGGCUUAACCGAGCAGCAGAAAGAAGGCAUCUGUAUGGUGAGAAAAUUGAUGUUUGCUUUAGAGGAAGGAGGAGGCCUGGAUGAAAUUUACACUUUCAGAGAGAGCCUGGAGCGUCUUUCAAUGUUUAAGAAAAUCGAAAGAAGACCUAUGGCUUGGCCUUGCCAGCUAACUAUAGGUUCUAAUCUGUCUAUAAGGAUUGUGGCAUACAAAUCACUCGCCGAAGAGAAGCUGAAAAAGUCCUGGACUCUUGUGGAUGCCAAGACCUUAAAAAAAGAAGAUGUGCAAAAAGAGACUGUCUACUGCUUGAACGAUGAUGAUGAAACAGAAGUUCCGAAAGAUGAUCUUGUUCAAGGGUUCCGCUAUGGGAGCGAUAUAGUUCCUUUCUCUAAAGUAGAUGAGGAGCAAAUGAAAUACAAAACCGAAGCAAAGUGUUUUUCAGUAUUAGGAUUCAGCAGAUCAUCUCAGAUCCAGAGGCAUCACUACAUGGGCACCCAGGUUCUGAAGGUCUUUGCAGCGAAAGAUGAUGAGGCUGCAGCAGUUGCUCUUUCUGCUCUGAUUCAUGCUUUGGAUGAGUUGGAUGUCGUGGCCAUAGUACGUUACGCUUAUGACAGAAGAUCUAAUCCUCAGGUUGGCGUAGCCUUUCCAUGUAUCAAGGAUGCAUAUGAGUGUCUGAUAUAUGUGCAGUUACCCUACAUGGAAGACUUACGACAAUACAUGUUUUCCUCUUUGAAAAACAAUAAAAAGUGCACUCCUUCAGAGGAUCAGUUAUCUGCAGUUGACUUUCUGAUUGAUUCUAUGAGUUUGGUUUAUGAAGAUGAUGAUGGGGAGACAACCGAAGACCUAUUUAAAACCAGCAAAAUACCAAACCCUCAGUUUCAGAGGUUAUAUCAGUGCCUGCAGCAUAAGGCUUUUCAUCCUGACAAGCCACUGCCACCCAUUGAACAGCAUCUUUUAGAAAUGUUGGAGAUACCUCAAGAGGUGAGAGAAAGAUGCCAGGCUCCUCUUGAAAAAAUAAAGGCACUUUUUCCCCUGAAAGAUGCUGGCAAGAAGAAAGAACAGAAGACUGCUCAAGAUGUCUUCAAAGACAACAAUGAAGAUGGACCCAGUACUAAAAAGGCAAACGCUGAAAAUGAAGAAGGCAGCUUUAGCAUCGCAAACCUUGCUGAAGGCAAUGUCACCACUGUUGGAAGUAUUAACCCAGCAGAAAACUUCUGUGUUCUAGUGAGGCAGAAGAAUGCUAACUUCAAGGAAGUGAGCCAGCAGCUGGUAAACCGCAUUGAACAGUUUUUGGAAACUAAAGGUUUACAGUACUAUAUGAAGAGCAUCAACUGUAUUAGAGUUUUCAGAGAGGAGGCCAUUAAGCUGUCAGAGGUGCCGUGCUUUAAUGAUUUCCUGCAGGCCCUAAAAGAAAAGGUGGAAGACCAAACCUUAGCUGAUUUCUGGGAGAUUCUGAUACAAGAUGGAAUUUCUUUGAUCACCAAAGAUGAAGCAGAAGGUAGUUCAGUGACUAGUGACGAAGCCAAAAAGUUCUUGGCCCCCAAAGAAAAACCAGCUGAAGCUCCAUCAGUGGCCGGGGAAGGUGGUGAUGUGGAUGAUUUACUGGACAUGAUGUAAGUGGCUGGACAAUAUAUGAGGACUUCUG